AAAUUUAGGGAUAUUUGUUAAAGAUUCAACUCGAGGAGAGCCAACUUUGUAGAGCGAUAUACCCCUACGUAGAUUUCUUUCAACUUGUCUGUGCACAAGAAUACGAUGGGGAAGGUAAAGUGUUCCGAUUUAAGACUUCGAGACAAGAAAGAGCUCACCAAGCAAUUGGAUGAGCUUAAAACCGAGCUUACCAGUCUUAGAGUAGCAAAAGUUACUGGAGGUGCUCCUUCCAAACUGUCCAAGAUUCGUGUUGUACGGAAAGCUAUUGCUCGUGUGUAUAUUGUAAUGCACCAGAAACAAAAGGAGAAUUUGAGAAAAUUGUAUAAGAACAAAAAGUAUAAGCCUCUUGAUUUACGACCAAAGAAGACCAGAGCUAUUCGUCGUGCUCUUACAAAACAUGAACAGCGUAUUAGAACGCCAAAAGAGCUUCAUAAGAGGUCAGUUUAUCCAGAGAGGAAGUUUGCUUUGAAAGCAUAAUUUGUACUGGAAAUUUAAUAAAUAUUUCAUAACA